UCGAGCACUAUUCUCAGAUUGGUAUUUGUGACAACAAAGAUAUAUUAUUGGGUAAGUGUUCUUUGAAGAAACAGUUGCCAACACUAAGAUUGUUAUUAGACUUUAUGAGAAAGGUAUACGUAGAACCUUUUGUAAAUAAAAAUGAAACGGAAGAAACAUUUAUAAAUAUUAUUAAGUUAUGUAUGGAUGAUACCAACCAGACUUCUUCUUUUUCUGUCAUUAAACCAAAAAUAAGUUAUACAGAAGCUGCUAAAUAUUUUGAACGUGAGAGAGAAAUGUCGAAUAAUGAUUAUGAAAAAAUUGAAACUAAUCCAUCCGAAGAUUUGGAUAUAGAGACUGAUGAUAGACUGAUUAAUGAAGAACAAAAUGUAUUGUUCGAUAAGGAGAAAGAAAAGUUUGUGGAAGCUUUUCGUACAAUUUCAUCUUGGCCAAUACGAGCUAGAGAUUUAGACAAAGAUACCUCUGAUUCUAUUUGCUCCAACAUUAAAAGUAUAUGUUUAAACUUUUCUUCUCUGAAAAAGGUACUGCAAGCGAAGAAAGAAAUACUUGAUGUGAAAUUAGCAAAAGAAUUACCGAAGACUGUUGCGCCUUUAAACACGAUUAUAGAAGAUAUAGUUAUUUUUAAUGAGGAACUUGAGAAUUUGAUAAACAACGCAUAAUUUUGUAUUUAUUUCUAUGUAUAGCUCCAUAAUUAUUUAGUAUAAUUUGUUAUAAACAUUUGUGUAAUAUUAAAAAAAACAGAAUUGUCUAUUUAUACAAUUGUUCUAUAAAUGCAUUAUAAAGGAAAACGUUUAAUAAAGAUAAAACAAUUACA